AUGAAUACACCUCUACAAUUUCAUUCAAUUCAUGGGGAACACAUAAAAUUAUCACGAAAUAAUACAAUAGCAAAACGUGUUGAUAGCUUUUGUAAAGGCAUCUGUUUUAGUAAUCGAACGAUUCAAAUACGUGAAAGAGUUUAUGUUCGCCUUCUUAGUAAAAGUAUACAGUGGACAGGUUUUCUUCGUCUUGGCGUAACUACAUCCGAUCCCAGUACUCAUCGAGUAUCAACUUCAUUGCCACGUCAUGCAUGCCCAGAUUUGACUUGUCGACCUGGUUAUUGGGCUAAAUGUGUACCAGAAAAUUGUUUCGAUUUAACAAACAAAUUAACUUAUUUCUAUGUUGAUGAAAAUGGCGAACUAUUUCUUAAUACACCAACUGGAGAAAUUUCAUUGCUCACUGGAAUAUUCGUUCAAGAACCACUUUGGGCUUUAUUAGAUAUCUAUGGUAAUUGUAUCAGUAUUGAACUUGCCGAGGAUCAACAAAAACGUUCCGUAUCGGUUAAUGAUCAACUUCGUAAUUUAAAUCCCAUAGUUACAUCACCAAUUUUCAAAGAUAUUUGUAAUGAUCUAACACCAUUACCAUUUCUACCUGUACAUAGCUCAUCAAUAUCAUUUUUUUCAUCCUCAUCAAACUCACUACCGAAUCAAUCCAUAGUUCUAUUUGAUAAUCGAACUAAUUGUGAUGGUCUUGUAUUUUUCUCUGAACCAUUAGUAAUUAAUUCAGGUUUAUUAGUGCAAAUAUUAAGUAUCAUACCAUCGAAUGAAUCACAGCGACGAACAACAACGACUACAACAUCUUCAAAUCUUUUACCAUCACAUAUACAAUUCGGUUUAACAAAUUGUAAUACACAAAGUUUAUUACGUUCAAAUGAUUUGCCACUUGAUAUUGAAAAAAUAAAUAAUCGAUCUGAAUUUUGGAUUGUACAAGAUUUUAAAUUCGGUACUAAAACAACAAUCGAUCGUGAAGAUGAAUUUUUAUUUACAUUCAAACAAGAUGGAGUCAUCGAAUAUUCCCAUAAUAAUUCUAAAUUAAAAGAUUUUAUUCAUGUUGAUUCAACUCUCACUUAUUAUCCAUUUCUUAUAUUAAAAGGUGAUAUUGUAGCUGUACGUUCCAUGGGUUUUAUUAAAAAUCUUGACAGAUAUCGUUCGUUACAACAAAUAAAUAACGCAAUACAAACGAAUCAUGCAUGCACUGCUGCAAAUAAUAAUAAUAACAAUAAUAUUACGAAUAAUAAUGGUAACAACGAAUCUGAUUCUAAGUUAAAUCAAGAUUGCACGGUAUGCUUUGAUCAUUUACGAGAUACCGUACUUAUUCCAUGUGGACACAUUUGUUUAUGUUAUACAUGUGCUACAGAAUUGGUUGAACAUGGAUCAAAACAAUGUCCUAUAUGUCGAACAUCAAUACAACUAAUUAAUAAAAUUUAUUUAGCUUAA